AUGGACAAAUGUAUAAACUGCCCAGAAGAUCAGUAUCCAAAUGAAGAGCAAGAUGGAUGUCUCCCCAAGAUGUUACACUUUCUGUCUUACGAUGAAAAGUUGAGCAUCACUUUAGCUUUCAUGGCAUUUUCAUUUGCUGUGAUCACAGCUUUGAUGCUAUCAAUAUUCAUUAAAUACCAGAAAACUCCCAUUGUCAAAGCCAACAAUAGUGGCCUCACAUUUACUCUGCUCAUCGCCCUCUUGCUUUGCUUCCUCUCCUCCUUGCUUUUCUUUGGAAGACCUCAGACAGUGACCUGCCUUCUAAGGCAAACAGCUUUUGGCAUGAUUUUCACCGUGGCUGUUUCUGCUGUGUUGGCAAAAACCAUCACUGUGAUUUUGGCAUUCAUGGCUACAAGGCCAGGAUCCAGGAUGAGGAACUGGGUGGGGAAAAGACUGGCAGCUUCUAUUGUUUUCUCUUGUUCCCUCACUCAAGGAGCUCUUUGUACUGCGUGGCUCCUUACUGCUCCUCCGUUCCCAUAUUUGGACAUGGACACUUUGGCUAAAGAAAUUGUGGUUGAAUGUAAUGAAGGGUCUGUCCCUAUGUUUUAUUCUGUUCUUGGGUACCUUGGAUUUCUGGCUCUUGUCAGCUUUGUUGUGGCUUUUCUUGCUAGGGACUUGCCCAGUACUUUUAAUGAAGCCAAGUUCAUCACUUUCAGCAUGUUGGUGUUUUGCAGUGUGUGGGUGUCUUUUGUGCCAACUUACCUGAGCACAAAGGGAAAAUAUAUGGUGGCUGUGGAGAUCUUCUCCAUCUUAGCCUCUAGUGCUGGAUUAUUGGGCUGUAUCUUUUUUCCUAAAUGUUAUAUUAUUGUCAUGAAGCCUGAGCUGAACAACAAGAAGUAUCUCGCAAAGAGAAAUAAGUAG